AUGUCAGGAGGACCUAAUUUGGAAAAAUUUCCUGUUCAUCUUAAUGUAGCCGGAUUCAAUUCAGAAACAAUUAAAACAAAAGUUGAAGGUGGAAAAGUUAUUAUCGAAGCUAAACAAGAAGAACGUCAAGCUGAUGGUGAUUACAAUAUUCGAGAAUUACGAAAAUCAUAUGCAUUACCUGAGCAUGCGCUGGUAAAUGCAAAUCAUUUAGCAUCAUAUAUAAAACCAAAUAAGAUGUUAGUUAUUGAAAUUCCUAUUCAUAAUCCUGAAGCAGAACGUUGA